UCCAUCAGCGCGUCGCCUCUUCCUUCUCUCCACUUCAUCUCCGCAGCAUCACGUACAAGCCUUCUGCCUCGACUGGUCUGCGCAACCCCAUUCGACUCCAGCAAAUUUCCACUUUCUUUUGACCGGAUUUCUCUUCCCCAGCUUUCUGUUGUCGCCUUUGUCGUCGUCGCAGCCGCAUUCCAGCUUCGACACGCCUCUCACUAAUUAAUCAACCACCACUCAACACCACCACCAACACAUUACCGCCAACAUGUCUGCCGAGGAAGAUCUUAUCGACUACUCCGACGACGAGCUCAACAACGAGUCCGCCGCUCCCACCAACGGCAAGAAGGCCGAGACUGUCCCCGCCGGCCAGACUGUCGACACAAAGAAGGGUUCCUAUGUCGGCAUCCACUCGACCGGCUUCCGCGACUUCUUGCUGAAGCCCGAACUUCUUCGCGCCAUUGCCGACUGCGGCUUCGAGCAUCCCUCGGAGGUUCAGCAGACAUGUAUCCCCCAGGCCAUGCUUGGUGGUGAUAUCAUCUGCCAGGCCAAGUCCGGUCUCGGUAAGACGGCUGUCUUCGUCCUUACCACUCUUCAGCAAGUCGAGCCCGUCGCCGGCGAGUGCUCCGUCCUCGUCAUGUGCCACACUCGUGAGCUCGCUUUCCAGAUCCGCAACGAGUACAACCGAUUCAGCAAGUACAUGCCCGACAUCAAGACCGGCGUCUUCUACGGUGGUACUCCCAUCCAGAAGGAUGCCGAGAUCCUUAAGAACAAGGAGACCCACCCCCACAUCAUCGUCGGUACUCCCGGUCGUCUCAACGCCCUGGUGCGCGACAAGCACCUCCGUCUCGGCAGCGUCCGCAUGUUCGUUCUCGACGAGUGCGACAAGAUGCUUGACCAGAUUGACAUGCGCCGCGACGUCCAGGAGAUUUUCCGUGCCACUCCCCAGCAGAAGCAGGUUAUGAUGUUCUCCGCUACCCUGUCGGACGAGAUCAAGCCUAUCUGCCGCAAGUUCAUGCAGAACCCCACCGAGCACUACGUCGAUGAGGACACCAAGUUGACCCUCCACGGUCUUCAGCAAUACUACAUUCCUCUUGAGGAGCGUGAGAAGAACCGCAAGCUCAACGAGCUUCUCGAUGAGCUGCAGUUCAACCAGGUCAUCAUUUUCGUCAAGAGCACUCUCCGUGCCACCGAGCUCGACAAGCUUUUGCGCGAGUGCAACUUCCCGUCGAUCGCUGUCCACUCUGGUGUGAGCCAAGAAGAGCGUAUCCGUCGUUACAAGGAAUUCAAGGAAUUCAACAAGCGUAUCUGCGUCGCCACUGACGUCUUCGGCCGUGGUAUCGAUAUCGAACGCAUCAACCUCGCCAUCAACUACGAUCUCCCCGCUGAUGCCGACUCUUACCUCCAUCGCGUCGGUCGUGCUGGUCGUUUCGGUACCAAGGGUCUUGCUAUCUCCUUCGUUACCACUGAUCAGGACAAGGAGGUUCUUAAGGCCAUUGAGAAGCGCUUCGAGGUUGCUCUUCCUGAGUUCCCCAAGGAGGGUAUCGAUGCCUCCACCUACAUGGCUUCCUAAACGGUUUAUCAAACGAAGGACAGUAUGUAGCGUGUUUUGAGGAUGGAUAAUGUGUCAAAGGCUUUUUGCAAGUUUGUCUCAGGCUGAACUCUCUCUGUUUUCUGCUAUUUCUCCUGUUACUUCUUUUGGUCAUGAACUGGUGGAAAGCGUGAUUGAUUCCAAAACGAAAAAGAUCACAACAAACAAACGAAAGGGAAAUGAUGAACGUACGUACAGAGCAAAGAAAGGCCCGAGGGAGAAAAGCUUAGAUUUUUUUUACAAGGUCGGAAGCGUUUCGGCUUUUGUGUCAUGAUAACUGUAGCUUGGGUCUGAUAACUGGGACAAAAUAAGAGCCUGCCUAUUCUUUCUGGAA